AUGUUUUCGAACAGGCAUGGAUUCAGCUCCGUUUUGAAGGAUGGAUACCGUGUUGUGAAGAACAACGAAGAUGCGAUUUUAAAGAACAUCGAAGCGUGCAAAGAAAUUUGUGCGAUAAUACAGACAUCUCUUGGUCCCAAGAGCAUGAACAAGUUAAUAAUAAACCACAUAAACAAGAAGGUGGUGUCAAGUGAUUGCAUGACAAUAUUGAAAGACUUGGAGAUUAACCAUCCAGUUGUGAAUAUUUUGAAGAAAUUAUCUGAAACGAUGAAUUAUGAAUAUGGUGAUUUCACAAAUUAUGUAUUUACAAUAACGACUGAGAUGUUAGAUAAAGCUAGCCAUUUAAUUCAGCAAGGAUUCAAUAUAAACGAUAUUCUGAACGGGUUCAUGUUAGGACACAAAGAAUUAGAAAGAAUUAUAUACCCAGAUUUAGUAGUGUACAAGAUGGAAAAUUUUUCAGAUGAGAACGAAAUUAAAAAAGUUAUAAAAUCUGUUAUGAUUACAAAAAAUUUAACAAAUAAUUUUGAUUUCAUAAUUAACUUAUUGUCUCAAUGUAUAUCAACACUAAUGCCAGAGAAGGUAGAAAACUUCGAUGUGGAUAAUAUCAGGAUUUCAAAAUUGAAUGGAGGAAAUUUAAUUGAUUCUCAAUUUAUUAUGGGAAUGGUCAUUGCAAGGGAUACACAUGGAAUAGUUAAGAAAAAAGAAAAUGCAAAUGUUAUUGUUCUGAAUUGUGGACUUGAAGCAGCUACGACUGAGACAAAGGGAACUGUGUUGCUAAACAAUGCACAAGAGUUGCUAAACUUCACCAAAGGAGAGGAAGAGCAAAUGAAAAAAAUGAUUCAAAAUAUAAAAAAAGAAGGAGUAGAUGUAAUUGUUGUUAACGGUGCAAUUUCAGAUAUUGCACAACAUUUCUGUGAUGCAGAACAGAUAAUGACAUUAAAAAUUUCUUCAAAAUUUGAAACAUUACGAAUAUGUAAGCUACUAAACAUUUCUUCUCUUGUUAAAUUAGGAGUUCCAAAACCAGAAGAAAUAGGAAAAGCUUCCUCUAUAUAUGUAUCAGAAAUUGCAUCUAAAAAAGUGACCAUUAUUAAUUCAAAAAAUAAAAAAGUUAGCACUAUAAUCCUUAGAGGUGCUACUUAUAACCUACUUGAUGAAGUAGAAAGAUGUAUACACGAUGGAAUUAAUGCAAUAAAAAAUGCUAUCAAAGGAAAUUCAUUUUUAUAUGGGGCUGGAUGUAUAGAAGUGCAACUGUGUGAAAGACUUAAGAAAUAUGCACAACAAUUGAAAGGUGUUGAUAAUUACAGUGUUAAAGUUUUUGCAGAAUCGUUCUUAGUUAUUCCCAGAAUAUUAGCUACCAAUUGUGGUUACAACAGUACAGAUGUUUUAAAUCAGCUUAUAAAUGAACAUGAUAAAGGGAAUAACGAAGCCUGUAUAAAUAUUAACAAAGAUUCCUUCAUUACUUCUGCAAAAAAAAAUAACAUAUAUGACAACUACAAGUGCAAGAAAUAUGCAAUCGAUUUGGCCAUGGAUGCCCUUCAGACUAUUCUCAAAAUUGAUCAAAUUAUCUUGGCUAAGCCUGCCGGGGGACCCAAACCACGUGCCAAAAAUCCUGACUAUGACGACACUUUUUGA